AUGGAGGCUUCUUCUCAGGCCACUGCGUUAAGACCAUAUUGCCCCUUAUGCUGCCGUCUCUCACGCCCUUUAUCUCUCUCACUCUCUUCAUGUUCCUCUCUCGUUUCCCUAACUCCACACAGGAGAAAAAUAAAGGCAAUUCAGAUUGCUAGCAAAGGCCUUCGAAAUAGCAUUGGGCAUAGUCAUUGUGUUAGAGCAGAUUUAUGGAGUCCAAAGUGGACAUCUGUGGGGUUAAAUAAAUACAACGACACUGGAUAUAAACAGGAUUUUUCAUAUAAGAAUCCGGUUCGCAUUACAUUUAUGAAGUUUUCAAAUGCAUCAAGUAGCAUGUUGGAGGAAAUGACAGAGGAGGAAGAGAUGAACAAUUCGCAUUCGUAUGAAACACAAGUUAGGAAGGUGGGUGUGGCUCCUUGCAAUCCUGAACUUUCCGCAACUGCUGCGGAAAGGAAAUUGUCUGGUGGUGAUAAUAGAGGAUGGACUAUAGCAAAAAAUAAGUUAGCUGAAGGUAAGAAGGAAAUGAAUGGCGAAAGCAAAUUUGAGAGAAGAAGUGAUGGUUCUCAUGUAUCUAAUAGAUUUUCUUCCGUUGGUCGGAUACAAGGUUUUUCUUCAGAUGGGGUUAGAAAUCUUGUACUGCAGGAUCAUGGUGAACAUGUGCCACCUUCUGUUAAAUAUUGUGUAUUAAACAAUUCAAAGAGGCUUACAGAUUCUGAAACUGUGGUCCAUCAGUUUAAUGAAUCUGCAUUGGAGAUCAGUAAAGAGAAAAUUACUAGAGUAAAUGGUGAUGACGUUUCGGAGAAAACUGCAAAGGACUCAACUGCAAAGGAUUCGACUGAUGCAACAGUUACUAGAAAGGCACGUCAUACUGACCAGUCAAAACUUCGGGACAGACUCGGUAGAAUCUAUGAAGAUAUCCUGGUGGUUGAUAGUAUUCCACUUGCAGAGGAGGUUGUUAAGAUGCUUACAGUAAAAUACCGGCAUCUUAUUUAUGCAUGUGAUACCGAGGUAGCCAAGAUAGAUGUCAAACAAGAAACUCCUGUCGAUCACGGGGAGAUAACAUGCUUCAGCAUUUAUUGUGGUCCAGAAGCUGAUUUUGGAGGUGGAAAAUCCUGUAUCUGGGUAGAUGUUCUUGAUGGUGGAGGCAAAGAGAUUCUAGAAAAGUUUGCUGAAUUUUUCAGUGACCCUUCCAUCAAAAAGGUCUGGCAUAAUUAUAGCUUUGACUGUCAUGUUAUAGAGAACUAUGGAUUCAAAGUAUCUGGUUUUCAUGCUGAUACAAUGCACAUGGCACGGUUAUGGGAUUCAUCGAGACAAUUGGACGGGGGUUAUUCGCUUGAAGGACUAACAGGUGACAGAAGAGUCAUGUCCAGGGCUCCGUUGGACUGUGAAAAGGAUUUGAUUGGUAAGGUAUCAAUGAAAGCUAUAUUCAGUAAGAAAAAGCUGAAAAAAGAUGGAACUGAGGGUAAAACGCUUACCAUGGCUCCUGUUGAAGAACUACAGAGAGACGAACGUAUACCUUGGAUCUGUUAUUCUGCUUUAGAUGCUAAAAGCACUUUGAAGCUGUAUGAGAGCCUGAAGAGCUAUCUUUCAGACAUGCCUUGGAAAUUCAAUGGUGUACCGGUUUCUGGGAAAACCAUGUAUGAUUUCUACAAUGAAUAUUGGCGGCCAUUUGGGGAGAUUCUAGUCCUAAUGGAAUCUGAGGGAAUGCUAGUUGACCGGGCAUAUCUUGAAGGCAUAGAAAAGGUUGCAAAAGCAGAGCAAGAGAUUGCUGUUGAUAGAUUCCGGAAAUGGGCAUGUAGGUAUUGUCCCGAUGCCAAGUAUAUGAAUGUCGGAAGCGAUUUACAGUUGCGUCAGCUGCUUUUUGGGGGUACUGUGAACAGAAAAGACUCCAAUCUAGCACUUCCAACUGAGAGAAUAUUCAAAAUUCCCAAUGUCGAUGAAGUGAUUGAAGAAGGCAAGAAGGUUCCCAAAAAAUUCCGUGAUAUGAAGGUGACUAGCCUAGGUUAUAAACUGGAGACAGAGAUGUACACAGCAAGUGGUUGGCCGUCAGUUAGCGGUGAUGCUUUAAAGAUCCUGGCUGGAAAUAUUUCUUCUGAUUUUGACUUCACCAACAACUUGGAUCUUGACGAUGAACAAGGAAAUUCUUCUCAAAGUCAUGUUGCAGUUUCAAAAGUUGAUAACUCUGCAUAUGGAACAGCCUUUGCUGCUUUUCCAACAGAGAAAGAAGGGAGAGAAGCUUGCCAUGCAAUUGCCGCUUUAUGUGAAGUCAGUUCAAUCAACUCUUUGAUUUCUAACUUCAUCCUACCCCUGCAGGGACAUAAUAUAUCAGGAAAGGAUAACCGUGUUCAUUGCUCCUUAAAUAUCAACACAGAGACAGGACGCUUGUCAGCUAGAAGGCCAAAUCUGCAGAAUCAACCUGCUUUGGAAAAAGAUCGAUACAAAAUCCGUCAAGCAUUCAUCGCCGCACCUGGGAAUUCUCUUAUAGUUGCUGAUUAUGGACAGCUGGAACUUAGGAUUCUGGCACAUCUUGCUAACUGUAAGAGCAUGAUGGAAGCUUUUAAAGCUGGUGGAGAUUUCCAUUCAAGGACUGCAAUGAAUAUGUACCCAUAUAUUCGUGAAGCAGUUGAGAAAAAGGAAGUGCUUCUUGAGUGGCAUCCUCAGCCUGGUGAAGAUAAACCCCCAGUUCCUCUAUUGAAGGAUGCAUUUGGUUCUGAAAGAAGAAAAGCUAAAAUGCUUAACUUUUCAAUUGCAUACGGGAAAACUCCAGUGGGGCUAUCUAAGGAUUGGAGGGUUUCCGUAAAAGAAGCUAAGAAAACAGUUGACCUUUGGUACAACGACAGAAAAGAAGUUUUGAAAUGGCAAGAGGAGCGUAAAAAAGAAGCCCGUGAGUUAUAUUGUGUCUACACAUUGCUAGGGCGAUGCCGGCGGUUCCCUUUGAUGGCCCAAGCUAAUACCUACCAGAAAGGUCACAUCGAGCGAGCUGCUAUCAAUACUCCAGUGCAGGGUAGUGCAGCUGAUGUUGCCAUGUGCGCCAUGAUACAAAUUUCCAAUAAUAAACAGUUGAAGGAGCUAGGGUGGAAGUUACUUCUACAGGUUCAUGAUGAAGUCAUAUUGGAAGGACCAACGGAGUCAGCUGAAGUUGCAAAAUCCAUAGUUGUAGAUUGCAUGUCGAAACCCUUCUACGGCAAGAAUAUUCUUAAAGUUGAUCUCUCAGUUGAUGCCAAGUGUGCUCAAAAUUGGUACUCUGCAAAAUAGGUACUACAUGACUGGUUUUUUGGGGACGUUCACUCAUUCACGUAGCUUUUUGGCUCCAUGGUUCCAUUAAUCACAAGGUGCUAUUAUUAUUAAGGCAAAAUCAGUGCCUUAAAUAGUACUAUAUGCUUGAUUUCUAUAGAGGGUUUGGAAUGCCCUUGGAGUUGUUCCAUUGUGGUGUUUUGGCAAUACUAAAGCAUAUCACUUUUAACUUAGGAGGAAGAAAAAAGCUAGAACCAAUGGCCUCAGCUUUUUACUGCUUUAGAUGGCAGGGUUUUUACUUCUUUUUUCUAAUGUGUACCUAUUUUUCAUGCCUUGCAUCAUGUACCAAUAUGGUCUUUUUGUUUGAUGCAAAGUAUAUAAAUAUGAGCUAGCUUGAAAAACUUGUAUUUCUUGUAAAAUAUUUUGCAGCACUUUGCAUAUACAUAUAUAUGAUCAGUAACUAGUGACUGUUUUGGUUACAA